UUUUGCACACGACACUUUACAGCAUCAAAUCUAUAGAGUCGUGUGAAAAGUUCAUUCUCACAACAGCUUUCGUCCAAAUUACAGCCUAAAUCACACUACAAACAUGCCUCCUAAAUUCGGUGGUGGUGGCGAGAAAUGUGUCAUUUGCCAAAAGUCGGUGUAUGCUAACGAGAGGAUCGAAGCUGGCGGAGUUGCAUUCCACAAAUUCUGCUUCAAAUGCAGUGAAUGCAAAAUGCAGCUGAAUUUGAACAACUAUGCACAGGAAGCCAAGACCCUAUACUGCAAGAACCAUUUCGCCUCUUGUGUGACGGCUAAGAAUACGCAGGCGCCAGUGUUUUAGUGAUCCUGCCUGCGGACAGAAGAAGGGGAUCACAUUCAUACGUACCGUCCAGUUUUUUUCCAUUACAAUGAACCUUUGAGAGCUGUAUAUUUUUCAGUGUGUAGUGCACACGUGCGAUGCUUAGUCAUACGAAAAUAGUUUUUGAAUGUAAAUGACAAAACUAAGAAUGUGGUAGGGGUAUUGUAGAUUUAGAAACCUUUAUUUUGCAUUCUUAUUAUAUAUCCUGUGAAUAUGUGUCAUAUCACUUCUGUGCUUUCCUUUCCGCACUAUACCUUACGAUAUUCAGAGAAUUUUCAUGGCAGUUAAAAUUUCAUUGUAACCAUACUUGUGUCAAGCCGUCAGGUGUGUAUUCGAUCUACUGACGUUAGGAGUUAGGUGUAUUUUCCUCUUUGGCUCCACUAGUACCUAGCCGCCAUUGUUAUAAUUACUAUAAAAAGUAAUUUAUGAUAAUCCUCAAACAUGUCGCGAUAAAUCCAAUGUUAUUGACCUGGUUGAGAUUACCAACCCAUCCUCACCGGAAAUAUAUGCGAUAUUUUUUCUUGCAGUCGUAUUGUAAUCAGCAAUAGCCCGAGUGUGUUCAAUAACAUGAUUCUUGUAUCUUCUAAAUACUCAGAAAUGGUUGCGUCUGGAGGGAGAUAACUCUAAUGUAGUUAAAAGUUAGUUAAGUGUUUUUUUUUGUUUUGUUUAAAACGUAACAAUUCUUAUUUAUAUCAAGUUAUGUUUCAAUAAAUGGUUUCAUAAAGAUA